UCGAAACAAAUAGCUAAAUAUUGAUAAAUAGUUUGGAUUUAUUAAACAAGUAAAUAUUCAAAAGAUUAGAUUGAAAGCAAAAGUGCUGCUUAAUACUUCCAAGUAAAAGAGAUUUGCUUAGUUGAAAAAUGAAACCAAACGAGUGCAGAUCUCAGUUAGUUAUUCGAUACAUUGGAAUUAUUCUGAUUCUAAUUGGCAUAACCUUAGCUAUCUGUUGGCCUUUUGUAUUCAAUCACAUGUUGACUAAGAAACUACCGCUCAGUCCAACCGCAAAAGCUUUUGAUGAAUGGAAGAAGCCAAGCGUGCCAUUAUACUUAGAUGUUUAUUUCUUUAAUUGGACUAAUUCUGAUGAAUUUCAUGAUGAAACGAAGAAAACAAAAUUGAAAGAAAUUGGACCGUAUCGGUUUAGAGAGAUACGUGACAAGACGAACGUCGAAUUUAACGAUGCAAAUGCAACAGUGAGUUAUCGUACUCUUAGCACUUUCUAUUUCGAUGACGAUGGAAGUAAAGGAAAACUUGAUGAUGUAAUUACACAACUCAACAUUGUUGCUGUUGGUGCAUCGGCACAAUCACUCAACAUGGAAUAUACCAAAAAGAAGCACAUUUCUUUAGGAUUAAAUGUUUAUGAACAGACAAUUGCGAUUUCGAAGACAGCAAGAGAACUUUUAUUUGAAGGCUAUGAAGACAACAUGGUGUUGAUGGGUCGUGAAGGUUUAAUUGAAGGAUUCGAUGUUCAAGACAUUCCUUAUGAUAGAAUUGGAUGGUUUUAUUUGAGAAAUGACACGGAUCAGCUUAGUGGGGAUUACAAUGUGAACACCGGCUCAGAUGAUAUCUCAAAACUCGGAACAAUACAAAAUUACAAUCACAUGAAUUACAACAAAUUCUAUUCUGGUGAAUGUUCAAAACUUCAUGGAUCAACUGGCGAACUUUUCCCUCCAAAUCGAAUGAAAGACUCAAUCAAUUUGUUUAUGCCAGACAUGUGUCGAUCGAUACCGUUUGAUUACGAGACUGAUGUGAAGAUUCAUGGAGUGGAUGGCUAUCGUUUCACUUGUGGCGCCAGGGCAUUAAAUAAUGGAAGUGAAUUCCCAGAAAAUUUAUGUUAUUCAAAUAGUGGUGAAACUAUUCAUUCUGGCGUCAUGAAUAUAUCAGCAUGUCGUUAUGGAUCUCCAAUAUUUAUGUCUCUCCCUCAUUAUUUCAAAGCUGAUCCAUUUUACUUGAAUGCAGUUGAAGGUCUUGCGCCAAAUAAAGAUAAACAUGAAUCGUAUUUUACAAUUGAACCUAUGACUGGAGCACCAUUGGAAGUAACGAUAAGAUUCCAAGCAAAUCUUUUAGUUCAACCGAUUGAAGAAAUUUCAUUGUUUCAAGAAGUUCGACGAGUAUUCAUGCCAGUUAUGUGGUUUGAGCAGAAAUAUCAAAUGGACGAAAAGACGGCUAAAAUGAUAAAGUUUGCUGUGACAAUUCCUUGGAUAGGCAGAAUAAUUGGAAUAAUUUUGUUCGCCUUGGGUCUUAUUUUAUGCAUUAUUUCAUUCAUCAUGUGCUGCGUAAAUGCAAGAAAAAUGUCGCAUAAGGAUGAAACCGAAAUAAAUCUCGGCGAAAGAAAUGUCCAAACGCAUUUCAAGAAAGAAGUUUCACCUUUACUAUCACGGGGAAAAAUGCCUAAAAUUGUUCGAAACUCAAACUGAAUGAACAUGAAAUAAAUCUAAUUAAAAUCUGUGAUGAAAUGUUUAUUCAAAGAGUUUAAGUAAAUUAUUUUUGAGCAUUCGAAUGAGGGUAUUAUCAAUAUUAUUGAAAUUAUUUUAGAUAGAUUUUUAGAAUGUGACAAAAGUUUCGGAAAUAAAAACAUUUUUGCUAACAUAAUAAA